GUAAACCCAGUUCCGGUGUGAGCUUUGUUGGCGGAGAAAUCGAAAUGUCAGCUAGAGUGUUUUCGACGAGCCUGAGUUUUCUUCCCAAGUUCACCAGCGCCGAUGUGGUGAAGAGUGUGGAGGUGCAUUCGUCCACUAAAGGGAACAAAUUGGACAAAGGAUACAAGUUCUUCCACGAAGAGUUUAUCCACAAUUACGAAGAUAUCACUGGAUGUAGAGAGUGCCAACCUGAAAGCUUUCUCCUGCAGUUGUGCGACUGGUAAAGGAUUCUGCAAUCACAUAGUUGCCAUCCUGUACCAGACCGCACAUUAUUCACAGCUGGGUUUGCAGGCUGUUCCACCCCCACUGGCCUGCACAAGUGGCUUGCAAAGAUGGCACAGACCAAGAACACAGGGAAUCCAUCCUGAACCGGUUAGUGAGCUGGUGGUGCAAAAGCCCAAAACAGUUGGCAAGGACGGUCUGAGGUCCACACUGUACAAGGCAUAUACAGGACCACUGCCAGAUCCAUAUAUGAUGGCAUCUGGAAGCAAAUUAAGCCAGGUGCAGCCCCAACCUCUCAUGGCUGUUGUAUUGGAUGGGCUUUCUGAGAUGGAGUUGACGCCAUCUAAAUUUGGGUCUGUCCCUCGUGGAUCCCCCAUGUCCUAUCACUGUCCACCCAAGAAGACCAGUGACCUCCUCCUACACCACAUGGCUCCAGAAUUUCCAUCCCUUCCUGUGAUGCAGCACAUUUUUCCCAGGUUGCAUUUUGUCCCGACCUUGCAUCAGUUUAUGCAUCUCCAGUCUCUUGAAGUGUCACCGCAGCUGUCCUGCGAGAUAGCAAAAGAAACUCAGCAGCAAUCCAAAUGUCCUGCGUGGACACAGCUACGGCGACCAAGGCUGACUGCUAGUCAUUUUUGGGAUGCUUGUUGUAGUAGGGCGUGUCGUGCAGAGCUGGAGUCUGCAGCUAUUCAGAUGAUCAGAGGCUCCACAAAGCAAACAGCUGCAAUGAAGCGUGGGCUACUAGUGGAGCCUGAAGUGCUGGCAAACUAUGCUGAACUGUUGCGAGUUAAUGUGUUACCAGCAGGAUUCGUCAUUCACCCUGACGCACCACAUCUUGGGGCCAGUCCAGACGGUCGGGUGUAUGACCCUUCAGAGUCACCUCCUUUUGGCCUGGUUGAAGUGAAGAGCAGCACAAAAACUGAUCCAUCUCAGGUUGCUCACCUCAAGGUGCAGGAAGGCCACGCCAGUCUGAGGCGUUCACAUAAGUACUACUGGCAGGUUCAGGGCCAACUGGCAAUCACAGGACUGACAUGGUGUGACUUUGUUACCGAUACCCAAUCAACUUUAACCGUGGAAAGAAUUUGGCGUGAUGACUCAUUCAUUGCGGAAAUGAAAGAGCAAUUAGAUGUAUAUUAUUAUGGUACAUACAUGAAUGCAUACCUUAAAUUACACUAAUCUUGUCUUACCAAUCAGUUUGUCCUAAUGUUAAUGAUUUGUAAUGUUAUUUGUUUUAUUGUAAAUAUUUGAUGUUAUGAGUUUUUAUUAAUCAGUUGAUGUUACGCAUACCAAAAAAAUUAAAUGCACAAAUUU